GGGGUUGUGCGUCCCGCCCCCGCCCGCCGCCCCGCGGCAAAGUUUCAGUUUCUCUUUCCGCGAAGUCCCUCCCCGUUCCCGCUCCCGCACAGCCGCUCCCCUCCUCACCUCGCAGCCUUGCCUUCCCUUCGCGGCCCAGCGCAAAGUGGACCACCAUAUUUGGGAACAGCAGUCUAUGCUUGGAAAAGCAAAACAUUUGAAGGGUACAAACAUUUGAAGACCCCAGGGUCCUAGAGGAUGGAGCUUUCUAAGGGUGCUGGAGCAGCAGCUUACAAUGAGAAAUCAGAGACUGACAUCCUUGGAGAAAACUAUAGUUGGCAAAUACCCAUUAGUCACAAUGACUUCAAAAUUUUAAAAAAUAAUGAGAGUCAGCUGUGUGAAGUCCUCCGGAAUAAAUUUGGCUGUGUGUCUACCCUGGUCUCUCCAGCCGGGGAGAGUAACAGUGAGUCUCGGCAAGUCUUCAGAAAAAGACUGACUCCAGGACUAGAGCUAUCUGUCUGGAAGGGUGAUCUCACCAGACAUGCUGUUGAUGUUGUGGUGAAUGCAGCCAAUGAAGAACUUAGACAUGGAGGAGGCCUGGCGCAGGCCCUGGUGAAAGCUGGCGGCCAAGAAAUCCAAGAGGAGAGUGAUUGGUAUAUUUCCACACAUGGUAAAAUACAAAUUGGUGGGAUAGCUGUCACAGGACCAGGGAAACUUCCCUGCAAAUGCCUUAUCCAUGCUGUUGGGCCUCGGUGGGUGGCAAGGGAUGCAGGGAGAUGUCAAGCUGAUCUGGGAAGAGCCAUAGAAAAUAUUCUGGAUUUUGUCACCGCUGGCAAUCUAUACCCUGAGACAGUAGCAAUUCCAGCCCUGAGCUCUGGGAUUUUCCAGUUCCCUCUGGGUUUGUGUACACGGAUCAUUGUGGGAACUAUCAGCCUUUAUUUCCAAGGGAAGCGACCGGCCAGUAAUUUAAAAGAAAUUCAUCUGGUAAGCAAUGAGGACCCCACUGUUGCUGCCUUUAAAACUGCUUCGGAAGACAUUCUAGGGAGUAACGAGCUGGGGUCCUCAGUGAGUCAGGGAGCCAUUCUUCCUUCCAAUACGAUGGUUGUGAACAGCAUGACUCUCCAGAUUGUCCAAGGCCACAUUGAACUGCAGCAGACGGAUGUAAUUGUUAAUUCUUUAAGUCCACCUUUUAAUUUUGAAGCUGGUCCUGUGUCGCAGUCAAUUCUACAACAAGCAGGACAUGAAAUAGAAGUGGAAUUUCUCAAAAAAAGGCAGCAGAAAUCUCAGGAUUCCCAGUUGGUACUGGUCACAAAAGGAUUUAAAUUGUCCUGUCAGUAUGUAUUCCAUGUGUUGUGGCUUUCAAUAUCUUCUGACCGAGAUCUGAUAUUGAAACGUGCAGUGAACGAGUGUUUGCAAAAAUGCCUUAAACUAAAUCUAACUUCCAUUUCCUUUCCUGCUCUUGGGGCUGGAGGCAUUGGUAUUGAGGACAAUAAAGUAGCACAGAUUAUGUGUGAGGAAGUUUUAAAGUUUGCCAAACAUCGUCCUGGAAAACAACUAACUAUAACGUUUGUGAUCUUUCCUAAAAACCUGCACAUAUACAAGGCUUUCAGCACUGCAAUGGAGAAGAUUAAGUCCAGGCUCCCCAACAAUUACAGUGUCCCCCAGGAGGUCAGAGGAAACAGAGAAAAUGAACUAAAAGCUAAAUCUCCUGCCAUCCAUCUGAUGGGCUCUAACAAGGAGAAAAUGAGUGAGGCCGAAGAAUGGAUCCAAAGGAUACUAACCCACCAGGAUAAGCACAUCAUUGAGAAUAAUCAUAUCCUCUCCCUUGGAAAAAAGGAACAUGACAUUUUGUCUCAGCUUCAGAAAACCUCAAGGGUCUCUAUCACAGAGACUAUCAGUCCAGGAAAGGCAACUUUAGAGAUUGAAGGAGCCCAGGCUGACCUCAUUGAGGUGGUUAUGAACAUUGAACGAAUGCUGUGUCAAGUUCAAGAGGAAAUAGCAAAAAAAAAGGAGCGAGCCCUUUGGAGCCUGGCAGGUGAAUGGACAGAACAACAACCAAUACACCAAGAUGAAAUGAAAGAAAAUAAGUUUCUGAAAUGUCUAACGCUUUCAACUCCAAAAAUUCAGAAUCAGAAGAAAGAAUUUGAAAACUGUGGCUUGCAGGUUAUAAAGGUAGAGAAGAUAGAAAACAUGGUUCUCAUGGCUGUCUUCCAAAGAAAGAAGAAAAUGAUGGAAGAGAAAAUGCGUGGGAAACCUGUGAGCCACCGGUUGUUUCAGCAAGUCCCACAGCAAUUCUGCGAAGUGGUAGGCAGAGUCGGCUUUCAAAGGAUGUACUCAGUGCCCUGCGACCCACAGUAUGGAGCUGGCAUAUACUUCAUCAAGAACCUCAGAAACCUAGCAUACCCGGUCAAGAAAACAUCUACUACAGAUAAGCUGAUCUACGUGUUUGAGGCUGAAGUACUCACAGGCUCCUUCUGUCAGGGUCAUCAGGAAAAUAUUAUUCCCCCACUAAUGAGUCCUGGAGCCACAGAUAGACAUGACAGUGUGGUUGACAGUACCUACAGCCCAGAAAUCUUUGUUAUUUUUAGUAGUGUGCAGGCCAUGCCCCGAUAUUUGUGGACUUGCAUCCAAGAUCCUGCAUGGUCACAGGAUUACUCACCAAAACCAAUGAUGUAUCCACAGUUGACUGGGAGGGAACUCUCAAGAGGUAGCCCUGUUGAUUAAUCUCCAUAGAAUUUUAACAACUGGCAUGGCCUUGCUUUGUAGAAACUAACCAAUAAUGACCAUUGAUGGCUCAAAGCGUGGUUUGAAUGUGUUAAGUGGGUUGUUUGUAUGGACUAAUUGGGUUAUUGAAGGGGCCAGUUACAUACUACUAGCAUCUUAGUCUUUCUCUCCUGGGGCUGGGAUAGAUGUAUACCAUCAUCUAUUAUUUCUCUCCUUCAAGUUGUUCUUUCACCUCCUUUACUAUAAUAGCAAAAAUGUUUUGCAUGCAAUGAAAAGACUUUUCUAAUAUAUAAUCCAUUUUAUUUUCUAAAGUGGUGAUAGUGUAACAAAGCAGGAUGAUUUUAUAUUUUCCAGAUAAUCUUAUGCAGUGCUUUUGAUAACAAAAUAAAUCACCUUUGCUUUGAAAAAUCA